AUGAACGCCAAUGGGGCUGCCUCGGUACCACACGGGGGCGGGACCCUCCCACUCCCACCACCCAAUUCGUUCUCCGAUGCAGAAAUCACCAAAGCGUUUGAGGUACUCGUAAAUGCUAUGGACUCUGCACUGGCAGCGUUUACUCGGAAAGAUGAUGCUUCAAGACACUUGGUCAAGCUCUGCUCCUUUCCUGAUGCCAACCCCUGCCAUCCUGUAUUUGACGCUGCCCAGCGGGCUGCGAAAGAGGCUCGGCAGCAGCAUGAAGCGGCGAUGGUUUCGGCGAGGGCGGCUUUUCAAGAGCUGGUAUGGCUUAUGAUUGUCAAAGCCGGGGGUGUCAAGGAUCUCUCUGCGGUGACUUCUACAACUGCACCAGCUGUGCCAGCUGGAGUUCCAGUCGAUAUCCUCAAGGCGCUAUCAGACCACAAAAAGACGCUCGAAGACCAAUUCGGCUCUGCCAACACGGUGCUCGAGAGCAAACUCGCUCAGCAGCUCGCCCAGCGUUUUGAAGCGUUGCAAAAGACUAUCAAGGCAGAGUCUGAGCUGGAGAAGCAGGAUUAUGAUAUGGAGGCUGAUGCGUUGAGGAGGAUGAUGUCGGAAGUGAAGAGUGUGAAGGUUAUUUUUGAAGAGGGGAUGGCCAGGGUCAGGUCUUUGGAGAAGUGGCAGCAGGAUCGAGAUCAGGCGGAUGCGCUCAAGGCGGAAGAAGAUCGAGUUGCUGCCGAGUUGACGGUCAAAGAAGCCCAGGCUGCUUCCGAGUUGGCAGCCAAAGAAGCUCAGGCUGCUUCCGAACUGGCAGCCAAGGAGGCUCUAAACGUUGCCCAACUCCCCACACCCUCCACCGCCCAAUUCACUCCCUCCCAUCCCAACUACCAACAAAUCCCCAUAUCCCGCGUCGUCAAACAAGAGAUGGUUGAUCGCCUCGAUUUUUUGGAGAAUGAAGUCGCGAUGCAGCGCGAAGAGAUUGAUGGGAUGGAGGCUCACCGGCAGAGGAAGAGGAAGCGGGCGCGGGAUGAUGAAGGGGAGGGCAAGGCAGUUGCCGGCCCGGCGGUGGGAGAUGGGAAGGACAAGUUGUGGGAAGAGUUGAAGCGGCUUCAGGAGGAGCUGCAGAAGCUCAAGACUCCUGCCGAGAUACCCCCGCCAGCACAAACGUCCUCGGCGCCGUCCCCUGCAGCCCGGAUCGGUUCGGCCCCACCGACGAAUGCUCCGCCUGCCCCCAUGUCCCGAGAGAUCAGCACUCUGCUCAGAUCAGUCGACAAACUCGAACGAUCCGAGGCCAUCACCCAAGAAAAGCUCAAAGCGCUUGCCGGCGCGGAUAAAGUGCGAAAGACCGAGAUCGCCAAGGUCGACAAGCUCGAAUCUGCCAUCGAAGGCUGGGAGCGCAAAGCCCAGGCGCUCGUCAAGGAGCAUACAGCAGAGCUUGCUGGUAAGUUGGAAGAGAUGAGAAGCACUGCGAUGAGGGACAAGGGCGCGUCGGACGCAAAGUUGGCAGAGAUGGGUGCGGUCUUGCAGAGGACGCAAAGAGGCUUGGAAGCGGGCGUGAACGACAUUUUGAUCAAGAUGAUGGGGUCGUUUGACAGGGAUAAUGGUGCGGCCCUUGCCGGGCUUCAAACGAAUAUCGACAACCUCAAAGCGACCCUGCAAGAGCAUGCUACCUUUAUCGCCACCAUAUCAGGCCAAGACGGUGCCGACUCGUCCAUCGCGGUCCUUGUCGACACGUUGUCGCAAAACACAGCCAAGUGUAUGAGAGCGUGCACCGACACAAUGCUGCUGUUUGCCCAGCUGAGGGAUGAAGUGAGGAACAACGGGACGAAUCAGACGAGAGCGAUGAACGAGUUUGGGACUGCGGUGACGGAUCCGAUAGGGCCAACAGAGGGGGAGGUUGGGAGGAUGAGGUCGAGGAUCGAGGCGUUGGAGAUGCUUCUGCAGCAAAAGAGCGCAAAGGAGGAAGAGAUGUCUGUGAUGCAGACUCAACUCGACAACCCUCAGAAGCAGAUCCAAAAGAUGGCUCAGAUCAGAGAGCAGGUCCAGUCCUCGUCCCCCAACAACGCCGCUCAGACUCAGAACGAGGCCACUCGACGACUCGUUCAGGAGUUGCGAGAGCGGGCAAAGCAGCUCGACAAGGAGAAGGCGGAGAGAGAAGAAGCUAUGAAGAGGGAGAGAGAUGAAAUGGCAAAGCAGCAAAAGGAGAUGAAGGAGAGGGAAGAGAGACUUGUGGAGAGGUGUAUGAAGGAUGCGAGGGAGGAAAUGGAAAAGACUGUAGCAGAGCUCGUGCAGCGAGAACUACGAUCUAUGAAGGAAGCCCGUCAAGCUCGGUCGACGGAGGGAUCGGAAUUCCAUACUCCCGACAGUGUCUUGCUGCUGGAAAGUCAACUGCCGCUUUUCGAUAUGUCCCCCGCCGUUGGCCUCGAGCCGCUCCCUCCAGUCCGCGAGGAUGACAUGGACGAAGAGCGGCCGGUGACACCACCUGUGCCUCCUCCCGCUCAAGCGGAGCUUGAAAAGUCGAGAGAGCCGAGUCAGCCCAUCCGAUCACCCAGCACCUCUCCUCCCCCUCUCGCUGGGCAGUCAAAUUCCGUCCCUCCACAGUCGAAUCCCGUCCCUCCACAGUCAACUCCUGUCCCCGGGCAAACGAACCCCGGGCAGCCAACCGUCCAGCCGCUUUCCAUCUCCUUGGGGCGCCCCUCUUCUUCCGGCAGUGGCAGCAGCAAAGCAACCUCAGACAGGAGUAUGGCCAAAUUCUUCAACGAUGCCGAUCGGACGGGCUCGCCGGGGAUGCACAUGGGCGCGGCCGAUAUGACGGCGCAACCGAAUAUGCAAACACGAAGAACGGAGAGCUGGAUGCCCACAAGGGAAGAUCGCCAGCAAGCUCCCGUUCUGCGUCUGAGCCGACAGCUUCCUCCACAUCUCCAAACGACGACACCCCCGGUCUCUGCGGCCGGUGCGACGAAUCCUACAUCUCGUCCUAGUUCCAAUCCCAACCCCGGUACCAUACCUCGUCCUGGUUCCAGCUCCGGUACCAUACCUCGUCCUCGUACCCAUUCCAACUCUGGUACCAAACCCCCUCCCCCUGGGUUCACCCUCAACCCGAGUACCAAACCUUCCCCUGGGUUCUCGCUUCCGCAGGGAUCCAAGCUUCCCCAACCUCCUCCUGGUGCUAUACCGUCAAAGCCUAGCAAGCCCCGAGCUUCGCCAUAUCAACAUAGAGAGGGCAUGUCCGGCUCGGAGAGGGGGCGAGAUUGGGACAGGGAUCGGGGUAGGCCUGGGAGUUAUGAUCAUCACGACAGAGACAGGAGACCAUGA